AUGGCUGCAUUAAGAGAUUCGUUACUCAAUUUUCAUUUUUGCAAUGCCUCUGUGGCUUCAUAUUAUCAGAUUCCCUGCUAUUUGAAGUUUAGGAAGACUAAACGUAAACUUGAUACACCUAAAAGAGGCAAGACUUUUGGAAUCUGUUAUGGGGGCCUAAGGAUAUCAAAAGAGAGUGUUGUUGUUGUGAUCAUGGUGGGUGGACCAACCAAAGCCCUCAUAAGUGAUACCAUGGUACCCUUACAAUCUCAGUUUAAGAAAGAAAAACAUGCAGUUGUUAUUUUACCUGGCGAGAGUGAUAAGAAGAUUGGAUUUGGCACUGUUGCCGAAUGUUUCCGAGGGCCAAUGGAUUCUUAG